UGCUUGUAGACAGCAGGCAAGGUGAUGUCGUCCGUCCGUGCCUGAGAUUCAUCCAACAAUUUUCCAAAUGUACGUGGAUACGAGUGAAGACAGCACUCGUAUGAAGACAGCAGGCAAGGUGAUGUCGCAGAUCUGAGCGUAUCAGGCAGGCCGGUGCGCCCUGGAGCUACUUGUAAGUACUACAGCUAGAUUCGCGUACUAUCUAUCCUCUGCAGCUAGAGCUAGCGAUCGAACACUUCGAAUGGGUCGAUAAUUGGUGGUGCUUCGAGUUCGAUUGCUUUGCAGCUAAGCCACCAGACUCUCUCUGCGCGUUCAUCACCGCAUCUCGAUCAAAAGCGGCACGGCUCAAGCUAGGUUCACGUUUGGGCCAUGCUGCUAUGACGUUGCUUGGCCUACGUGGCUACGAGGACGAGUCGACCUGAGGAGGAUCUGUCGAGGCUUGCAGACUUUGGAAGCCUCUAGUAGUCCAGUACUCCAGUCCAGUACCUCCGGCAAACUAGGAGGGCAAUUCAUCAAUGGCGUCGUCGGCGCGGCGCCUGCUGCAGACCAACUCGGGCCAGUUCCCCACCGCGGGCGCAGACCCACCAGACAGCACUCUCGCUGCCGACUCCGACGUCGUCUUCGUCCUCGCCGCGCUCCUCUGCGCUCUCGUCUGCUUCCUCGGCCUCGCCGCCGUCGCCCGCUGCACCUGCGCGCGCCGCGCCCACAACAACGCCCUGUCCUCCAGCUCCAGCCGGGCCGACGCGGCGGUCAAGGGGCUCGAGAAGGAGGCGCUCAGGGCGCUGCCGAAGCUGGCGUACGAGGACGCCGUGGCCGCGGCCGUCGCGGCGCGCGGACGGGGUCCCGGCUUGACGGCAGCGGGAGAGGAGGUGAAGAUCCUGGCGGAGUGCGCCAUCUGCCUCUCGGAGUUCGCGGCGCGAGAGGAGAUCCGCGUGCUGCCGCAGUGCGGCCAUGGCUUCCACGCCGCUUGCGUCGACGCCUGGCUCCGGAAGCAGCCAUCCUGCCCUUCCUGCCGCCGCGUCCUCGUCGUCGUCGAUGACGACACGCCGGCCGACAUCGACCGGUGCGGCAGGUGCGAUGCGGCAUCCUCAUCUACCUCGUCCACGGCUAACUAUUGAUUGUUGUCGUGUUUGUUCGGUCGGUCGAAAAUAAAUACAAAAUUUUGUACCGAGAAAGAGAGGUGUUGAAAUGGCUGGCUUUACCGGGAAAAUCCUUUCCGAUGACA